AUGGCGAGUUUUUCUUUUCUUGGGAAUAUCACACUGUUCAUUGCUAUCAUUCACAGGCAGAAACUUUAUCAAGACUAUUCUCUUCAGAUUAUGAAUUUGAAUAGGAAGUUAUCCAUGGAUGCAGAUCAAGUCAAGAAACAGGCAGAAAAACUCUCUAAUAUGUUUAAGGAGCAACGAAAAUUUAUUCAUCAGUCUCUGAUUCUUCAGAAGAAGAGAAUGGAAGGCUUUAAAUCACUGUGUGAACAAUACUUGGAGAAACUUGAGGUACUGAGGGAUUCUCGGGGAAAUUCUGUGGCUGAAGAGCUGAGACAUCUAAUAGCCACCUUGGAAAUAAAACUUCUGAUGGUGAAUCGCCAGCAAGAGAGUGCUGCUGCUCAACAGUCUCUCCUGGAUCUGUUAUUCUCAUAAUACCUUGAAGAAACGAAAGUCCAUACAAGGGGAGCGAGCGAUUGUUUCAUGGAAAUUCGCUGGGUGAAGCUGAUUGACAUUUGCAGCUUCAGUGACUACAUCUUCUUGCGUCCCCCUGUUCCUAAAGAUAAACCCAAAUAAACCCAAGGAUUUGUGUGACAGCAGUCCAAAGAUGUCUAUAGGAACCUCCAGCCCUCGGGUAGUAAUGGCGAGUUUUUCUUUUCUUGGUAGCAUCAUAAUUAACAGUUAGCACUGCGUUGAUGUCGAUACAGUGGGGUCUCAUACCUCAGCAUCACUUUCAGAAAUCAGAAGGCACAAGAGUGGUCCACCCUUGUCAUCUUCAGAGAAAUAAUUAAAGAAGACACACUCUUGCCAUUACAUUCCGCUAUUAAAUUUGUUCAGUCAUGGAGCCUAUGGGGAUGACCAUAACCGUCCAAAGGGAAUGUGCCCUGUAUACUUCAUAAAAGACUGUGCCCCUGAAUUAGUUAAACUGGUAGAAUUCCUUAAACCUCCCGAGUAAGAAAGAUGUGAGUAAUGUGACAUAAGUUUUUGGAAAUGUCACUUUCAGACAAAAUUUACAAGGUCUUUGAAUUAAAUGGGGUCUGCUACCCAAAUGUCAUCUGCCUGUCACACCUUAAGAGUUGAUCCUUAGCACCUGUACAGCUCAGUUCCUCAUAGUUUAUGUAUUUUGUCCUUUGCAUGGAUAGGAGUAACUAGGAAUGUUUUGUUUUUCAAAUUUAUUGUGCACGUAGUAUGUGAGCAUCAGUGAUAUACUGAGGUCUUCUGUACAGUUAAAGCUCUUGUCCUGUGAUUUCCUUUAUAUAUACACACGCACCAUGGGAAAUCUUUACCUGGAAACAUUUGAUUUAAUAAACAUGACAUUGUUUCAGACUUGCUGGGAUGAGUCAUUUAAUUGCCCUCCCUUCCUGACGUUUCAUGCCUUUUAAAACAAAAAUGGUCCCAUGCCGUGUAGAGGGGUGCUGUCACCCACGUUUCUGCAUGGGGCCAGUUGUAGUCCCGACCACUUGUCUCAUUGUGUCUUGUUGUGUAGAAGCACUGAAAACAGAGUGCGUUCAGCAUCUCCCCUUUUCUACAAGUGGAAUUCGUUCCUGUACAGUCAAUGAGGGCUUCCCCUCUGGGAUCACUUUACUUCCUAAACUUUGAAUUAUCUGGGGGAUCUUCCCUGCUUUGUGCAAAGUAUGUGUGAGUGUAUGGACCUUUAGUACUAUUUCCAGCUUUGAGUAUCUCCUACCUGAGAUAUUCUGACGAUCGAUACCAAAUGAUAAAUACAUUACCAUAGCGGUGAAUCCUGUAUGGUUCGAGUGUGUGCAUGUCCCUGUGUGUGUGUGAACACUUUGGUAUGUGGAGCAUGUGUAUAUGAGUUCGUAUGUGUAGCACACAUGUGAGAAUGCGUGAGAAUGCGUGUGCGUGUGUGUUUGUAAAUCUUUUGGUAUGUGGUGCAUGUGUAUAUGUGUUCAUAUGGUAGGCACACCUGUGUGUGAAUGCAUGUGCAUAUGUGUGUGUGCGCGCGCGCGUGUGUGCGCGCUUGCGCCCAAGGGGGUGCACAUAUGCCACCACACGUGCUUUUGCACGUAGAAGCAAGAGAUGUUCCAGGUAUCUACCUUAUUUUGAGACAGGGUAUCUCUCUGAACAUGGAGCUCAUCGAUUAGGCUAGAGCGUUAGGCCAUUGAGCUCCAGGAAUCCACCCUGUCUCUACCCUCCAGUGCUGGUGUUACAGACACUCACUUUGGGGCUGAGAUUUUUUUUUUUUUUGAUUUAUUUCCCUUAUUUUAUUUAUAUGUAUGUGUGUAUGCCUCUAUGUACGUAUGUGCAAAUGUGUUCUCAGGUGCCCGUGGAGGGUGCCAGACCCCCUAGAGGUGGAGUUAUCAGUCAGUCUCAGGCCACCUGACAGAGGUGCUGGGAUUUGAACUCGGGUCUUCUGCAAGAGCAAAAAGUGCUCUUAACCACCGAGCCAUCUCUCCAGAACCCUGUGCUGAGGUUUUCAAAGGCUUGUAGGGAAUCUGAGCUCAGGACCUCAUGCUAGUUCAGCAAGCAUUUUACCCACAGAGCCAUCUCACCAACUCCAUGUAUAUAUUUGUUUCUUAGGAGCUUGAACUCAGAUAUUUUAUCUGUUCCUUGUACACACUGAUGAUGCAUACAGAACACAUUCUGACAGCUCUCAUUAUUUCACUGUGAGGCAUCUAAACUUUGCAGGUGUGGGUCUUCCUCCCUGGGUACACCUCAGCUCCUAUCACAGUAUCCCAGGCUGUUGGGAGCAGGCAGGUCCUUGUGCUCAUGGAUCUCCAUGGAAACCAGGAAUGUUAAGGAUGCAGAAUUGUCUUUUCAAUGGAAAAGAUGUAAAACCUGUUCUUCCAUCCAGAAAGCUGGGGAUUGGAGGUGAUUAAUAGCCUGGUGAUCUGCACUCUCUGUUGGGCCAGACCAUAUCAAACUCCUACAAACAGGACCAGAAGUAGCUAAUAAUCUAAAGGGCCCCAACAGCCAGGGGCUCCCAAAAUCAGGACCAGAGAUACCAAAGAGCCCAAAUGACCUUACAUUGCUUGUAGAGCCAGGAGCUCCACCAAGCUCCCAAGCCCAGCACCAGAUAUACCUAAGAGUCUAAAUGACCCUUACAUUCCUUGUACAGCCAGGGUCUCCCUUAAGCUCUGACAAGCAGGACCAGAGAUACCAAAAAGCCCAAAUGACCUUCACAUCCCUUGUACAGCCAGGGACUCCCACAAGCUCCCACAGCCAGGACCAGAGAUACCUAAUAGCCCAAAAGGCCUGACAUUCCUUGUACAGCCAGGGGUACCCCCCCCCCCAAACUCCCACAACCAGGACCAGAGAUACCUAAGGGUCUAAAUGACCCUUACAUUCCUUGUACAGCCAGGGGAUUCCGCAAGCUCCAACACCAUUACCAGGUACACCUAAGUGCCUAAAUGACCAUUAUAAUCCUUAUACAGCAGGGACUCCCUCAAGCUCCCACAACCAGGACCAGAGAUACCUAAGAGUACUAGUAACCCUUAAAACCAUGCAUGUCCAGGGGCUUCCCCAAGCUCCCACAACCAUGACCAGAAAUACACAAUAGCCCAAAUGAUCCUUACAUUCCUUGUACAGCCAGGGAUCCCCGAAGCUCACCAAACCAGGACCUGAGAUACCUAGGAGUCUAAAUGACCCUUACAUUCCUUGUACAGCCAGGGGCUUCCCUAAGCUCCCACAACCAGAUCCAAGAUACCUAAUAGCCCAAAUGACCCUUACAAUCCUUGUACAGCCAGGGUCUCCCCAAGCUCCCACAACCAAGAUCAAUGACCCUUACAUUCCUUGUAGAGCCAGGGGCUCCCCUAAGCCCCCACAACCAGAUCCAGAGAUACCUAAUAGCCCAAAUGACCCUUACAAUCCUUGUAUAGCCAGGGGCUCCCCCCAGUUCCCACAACCUAGACCAGAAAUACACAACAGCCCAAAGGACCCUUACAUUCCUUGUACAGCCAGGGUGAUGGGGGAAUGUCUUUCUGUAGGCUGCGAAUUUGUGUUGCUCUGAUUGGUUGAUUAAUAAAGCCAUUUGGCCUAUGGCAAGGUAGCUUAAAGGCAGGAGGGAAAUUCAAAGGGGGAGACAGGAAGAAAGGAGGAGACGCCAGCCCGCCGUCCAGGGAGAAGCAUGUAGCGGCACACAGGUAAAGCCACAGAACACGUGGCGACAUAUAGAUUAACAGAAAUGGGCUAAGUUUAAGUGUAAGAGCUAGUCAGUGGUAAGCCCGAGCUAAUGGCCGAGCAGUUUUAAUUCAUAUUAAGCCUCUGUGUGUUUACUUGGGUCUGAGCAGCUGCAGGACUGCGGGACCAUGGGACCAGGCAGGACACAGAAAACCUUCAGUUACACCAGGGCUCCCCUAAGCUCCCACCCCAGGACCAGAGAUACCUAAGAACCUAAAUGACCCUUGCAUUCAUUGUACAGCCAGGGGCUCCCCCAGCUCCUACAACCAGGACCAGAGAUACCAAAUCGUCCAAAUGAACCUUACCUUCCUUGUACAGCUAUGGGCUUGCCCAAGCUCCCACAACCAGGACCAGAGAUACCUAAGAGUCUAAAUGACCCUCAUAUUCCUUGUAUCCAGGGGCUCCCCCAAACUCCCAAAACCAGGAACAGAGAUACCUAAUAGGCCAAAGGACCAUUACAUUCCUUGUACAGGCAGGGGUCUGUAGUGGGUAGCCAUUCCAGCUUUGAUCUGGAAGUUCCAACCCCCACUGAGGCUUCGGUAACAGUCACGCCUACAAGGCGGGGCCAAGGGAGGACCCUGAAGACCCGAGAUCCGGAUGCACCAGCCCUCUUGGUUCCUGGACCCUGGACGCUGGAGGUAGGCCGAGCAGAGUUCUCCAGAGAGCACCGCUGGACUGCGCCACACCUUUCCCAGACCCUGUAAACUAUCCCUUCACUUGCAAGUUACCCCACAAAAUAAACCUCCCUUUUAACUA